AUGCGAAAGCUGAGAAGUGUAUGGCGGCUGAGGCGAAGCCUACAACACCGGGAAACGUAUAAAUACCUGGGUGUGAGGGAUGGUGUUCCUGGUUUUCAAGAGAUUCCGGCAUAUGUGCCUGACAUGAACCACACAAUCAACCAGAUCGACUCGAAAAGCUCCUGUACCGGAAAGGCACGAGAAGGAGGAAACAUGGUCGACGUCUUCCUCUACGGAAGCUCCAGCAACGUCAUGGACUUCAUUUUGGUCGGGCGCAGGUCGACAGUCCAGGCCGUCCUCAGGCAGAUCCCCGCCAAGAACAAAUUGGGAGAUAGUAUCGGGCAUUGCGACAGCUCAGAAGAUACGAUGGCGGGGCUGUUGAGAUACAUGGAUGAUGUAACGGAUGCAAAGAUUAUUUGGGAGGCGGAGGUAUACCGCAUGACGCUGGUUGGCUGUGAUUAA